AGCACGGGACCGGCCGGCCGGCCUCAGCCGCGUCCAAGCCCGGGCGGGCCGCCAGGUGAGCGCUCCCGGGCGCUCCAAACGCGUCGCUGGCGGCAGUGCGUCCACCAGGCCAAGUACGGGUCAUGGAGCCGCGCGCGGGGGGCGCCACGGACCCUAAGGGGAGCAGACGAGCAAGCAGCACGCCGGCCUGGGAAGAGGGGAAAAUGGCGGACGCCAAAGAUGGUGUUUUGCGGCCUGCGGGAGCCUUCAGUGCCCCAAUUUCAUUCAGCUUCAAUCGCACAUCCGCCCGGAGACGGCUGGCGGGAGACGCGGCUCCGGAGAAGGAUUUCUUGAAGACCGAGAAAGGGAGGGAGCUGCAGAGUGUGCAGCCCUCAGAAGCCCCCAAGGAACUUGUCAUCCCGUUGAUCCAGAAUGGCCAUCUCAGGCAGCCACCGACCCAGGCCCCUGGGCCAUCCACACAUACUGAGGUCUUGGUGGAUGGGAUGCUGUCCCAGGCUGUGAAGGAGCUCAUUGAGGAAUCCACGAAGUCUCUGGAGGAGAGAGAGAAUGCAGGUGUCGACCCCACGCUCGCUAUCCCCAUGAUCCAGAAAGGAUGCACCCCCACCGGGGAAGGGGCAGACAGCGAACCCCAGGCUGAGACAGUGCCGGAGGAGGCUGAUUAUGAGGCAGUCCCUGUAGAGGCCUAUGGGCUGGCCAUGCUGCGGGGCAUGGGCUGGAAACCUGGCGAGGGCAUCGGCCGUACCUUCAAUCAAGUGGUGAAGCCCCGUGUCAACUCACUGAGGCCCAGGGGGUUAGGGCUGGGCGCCAACCUGACUGAGGUCCAGGCCCUGGCCCCCACCGGCCCCCACCACCUGCUGAGGCCAGAUGAGGAGCCAGAGAAGGAUAAGGAAGACCAGCCUCAAGGACUGGCGCCUGGAGGAGCUGUGGCGGUCCUUUCUGGCCCUCACCGAGGCCUCUAUGGGAAGGUGGAAGGCCUCGAUCCUGACAAUGCUCGGGCCAUGGUCCGUCUGGCUGUGGGGAGCCGCAUGGUGACAGUUAGUGAGUACUGCCUGCGGCCUGUCUCCCAGCAGGAGUUUGACAAGAACUCCUUGGAUCCGAGCCAGGUGAGCAAAACUUCCCCAAGGCAACAGAACGGAACAACCUCGUCAUGGAAGGCCCUUCAGCAUCAGGACCUCCACGUCCGGCAGGAGGACUCAGCGAGGAAGCGGAAACACCAUCCAGACCGACAGGAUGCGCCUGCAGCCAAGAGUGAGAAAGCAGCUCCCAGGAGUCAGCACUGGCUGCACAGGGACCUGCGUGUGCGGUUUGUGGACAAGCUGCACAAGGGUGGCCAGUAUUACAACACCAAGAUGACAAUCGAAGAUGUCCUGAGCCCAGAUACCUGUGUGUGUCGGACAGAUGAAGGCCAGGUCCUGGAAGGCCUGAGGGAAGACAUGCUGGAGACCCUGGUCCCCAAGGUCCAGGGCAAGCGGGUGAUGGUGGUUCUGGGGCCAUGGGCUGGAAGGGUGGGCCGCCUGCUGGACCGGGACAGAGAGCAGAGCCGGGCUCUUGUGCAGCUGCAGAGAGAGAGUCGGGUGGUGGAGCUUCACUAUGAUGCCAUCUGCCAGUACAUGGGCCCCAGCGACUCGGAGGACUGACCUGUGGACACACUCCCAUCCCCCAGGGGACAUGGGCUCGAGCCCUGCUCCGGGAAGAUCCCACAUGCCGCGGAGCAACUAAGCCCGUGCGCCACAACUACUGAGCCUGCGCUCUAGAGCCCGCGAGCCACAACUACUGAAGCCCGCGCGCCUAGAGCCCGUGCUCUGCAACAAGAGAAGCCACCCAAUGAGAACCCACACACCGCAACGAAGAGUAGCCCCCGCUCGCCGCAACUAGAGAAAAGCCCACGCGCAGCAACAAAGACCUAACGCAGCCAAAAAUAAAAAUAAAUAAAUAAAUUUAUAAAAAAAAAAAAAAGAUCCCAUGUGCCGCAACUAAAGACCUGGCGUGAGCCAAAAAUAAAUAAAUAGGGCUUCCCUGGUGGCGCAGUGGUUAAGAAUCCACCUGCCAAUGCAGGGGACACGGGUUCGAGCCCUGGUCCGGGAAGAUCCCACAUGCCGCAGAGCAAAUAAGCCCGUGCGCCACAACUACUGAGCCUGUGUUCUAGAGCCCGCGUGCCACAACUACUGAAGCCCACGUGCCUAGAGGCCGUGCUCCACAACAAGAGAAGCCACCACGGUGAGAAGCUCACACACCGCAAUGAAGAGUAGCCCCCGCUCACCACAACUAGAGGAAGCCCGCGUGCAGCAAUGAAGACCCAACGCA